AUGAAGAUAUUAUCGCCGUCUUCCAUAGAUCUCUUGAAGCUUUCGUUGUCCUUGCGAAUGUACUCCCCCACAGUGCAGUCAUUCCAGCAGAUUGGCUCGGAACACGCACUGCCAUGUGCUGCAUUUUUCGAUGUUCAUGGCGUAAAGGGAUGUAACACCGACGAACUGGAAAAUGCCUUGAAAUCGGCUCACGAAAGGGAUGCUCCGGAGCUACUUUCCAUUGAUCAUGUGUUCAAUCUUGGAAGAGAAGCAGAAACGGUCGCAAUAAUAUAUGGGGAAAUUGGCACGCAGGAAUGGUUGCAACUUCAUAAUAAAGCUGUCGAACUAGCGUCGGCGGGAAAGAUGCGAUAUGUGCUGAGACACUACAAGGCCGUGGGAACUCAUAUGAGUCAAGUGUCACUGUCGGGAUACGGAGUGGAAUUGGCCAUCAAGAGCACCGAGUACAAAGCUGUCGACACUAGCGAACAAAAGAAUGAAGAGGAACCCGAUGAGGAGAACUUUUACGGUUUCAACUUCAAGCAGCUCAAAAAAAUUCAUUCCGACUCAAGUGAUCACCUCGAAUCAUUUAAGAUGCAUUUGAAGGAAAUGCAAGAUUUGGGCCCUUUGAAACAAUGGCAACUCCAGGACCUCUCUUUCCAGGCUGCGCAGCGCAUCAUCAGCGAGGAGGGAGAGAAUGCCCUUCAGACACUCACACAGCUGUCGCAAGAUUUCCCUCGUUAUGCCAGGUCUCUAACCCGCGAAAUUGUGCUUAAGGAUGUGCGCAGGGAAAUUGAACUGAACCAGAAAGACCAUCUCUCAGAUGCCGGUACUGAUGUUAAGCUCAUUCUUUUCGAAUUACACUGUGUGCUUCAAUUGAUUAUGCCCCGUAGUAAACUUAUAAACUGCAUUGUCAUAGGUCUCCAACCUGGCGAGUCGGCAUUGUUCCUGAAUGGAAUGAAUCUUGACAUGGAGAGUCUGGACUUGUUUCAGCUUUUUGAUAUUAUUAGACAAGAACAGCGAGUAUCUGCUGGUUUUUUCAAUAUGGGUUUUCGGCAAGGGCAUCUUCCAAUUCUUACUAAUAUUGAUCUAUCUGAAGAUAAAAGCAAAUAUGCAGUGGACUACAGAAAUGCUAAUCCCAUUUAUCUUAAUAAUUUGGACACUGACAUGCGCUACAAGCAUUGGAGAAAUAGUGUCAAGUUGCUGCUUGAGCCUUACUACCCUGGCAUGAUUCGACCGAUAGCUCGAAAUUUAUUCAAUCUGGUGAGCUCAUUCUAUUUUUUAGAAUAUAUUUUUGUUGUUGAUCCUGCUGGUAAAGAAAGUCGGAAGCUCAUGAAAAUGGCUCUUUCAUUGUUUCAACACGAUGUGCCCUUAAGAAUAGGAUUUUUGUUUGCUGUCGAAGAUAAUGGAACAGUCAGCGGCAUGGAUGAUAGCGGAAUAGGUAUUCUGAACUUGUUGAAUUUUCUCGCUGCCGAUCACACUUAUCACGAUGCUCUACGAACAGUUGUUGACAUGCUCGAACCUUAUAGUACCCAAGAAAGUGUAGAUCUUGAGUAUAUGAAAGCGUGGUUCGAGAAAAAUCACGAAAGUGAUGACUACGAAGAAGUGUUUGGACCAAAUUCUCCUUACGAUAAAGGAAGAACGUCCGGUAAAAUGUUUUUGGAACAAACUGGCAUAGGUAGCGCGCCAAAGGUUUUGCUGAACGGAUUCGUGCUCGACGAUGCUGGUGUGACUGGUGACAAAUUCGAAGAAACAUUAAUGUUGGAGGUAAUGCGCAUCACUCAGGAGCUUCAGAAGGCUGUAAUACGAGGCGAACUACACGACCAAUUGAACGUGGGGAAUUGGAUCAUGGAACAAAAGGAUGUCGUUCCUCGUUAUAACAAGCACAUUAUUGACGCCACAGCUCAAAAGAACAUACUUGAUUUCACUGACGUUUCUGACUGCAAUGUUAAUUCGGUUUCUGACUUUGUGAAGCUCAAGGAUUCUGAAAAGAUACAGUGCAUAGCCACAAAGAUGAGAUAUGUUAAGAAAUCGGACGAAGAUAGCACAAUGCCCCUCACAUUAUGGAUAGUUGCUGAUCUUGAGUCUGAACAUGGACGCCAAAUGGUGUAUAAUGCCAUAAAAUUCCUGAAGCAUAACCGGAAGACACGGAUGGGAUUAAUCAUGAAUCCAUCGGACACUGCCGCUUCCUGUACCAAAAACAGUAUCUCUAUGCUUGUUCAAGCUGCAAUCAAAUUUCUUCCUCAUGUACAAGCAAAACAGUUCAUCACAAAGCUAGUAAAGGAGGAGUAUGCGAAUUCUAUACGCAGUGGAGCCACAAAGUGGGAAGAUCUCGCUGUUGGAGGGAUGGAUGUAGACAAGUUCCGGAAGCAAAUGGAAAACCUUCCUUGUGAGCAGUUGGAGAUUGAUAGCGUUUUUGUGCGGGAUGUCCUGAAGCUAGCACCUGGUAAAAGAGCUUUUAUUGCUAAUGGGAUCAUUGUUGGACCAUUCGAAGAGGAAGAAAUCAUUAUCGAAUCCGACGUAGAACUGAUCGCUCGUAUUGUUGAGUCUCGAGGAGCUAAUGUCAUAGCAUCCCAAAUUGAUGAAUGGAAAGCUGGUGGAGAUCAUGGUUCGCCUUCGGAUCUUGUGAUGCGAAGCUUCGCGUUGAUUUCAAAAUACGCUAUCAGGAGAGAGCGAACAUGGAUUACACUGGGUCAAGAAAAACACAGUGUCGUCAAACUUGUUGCUGAUGACCAUGAUCGCGCCGCAGUGAAUAUUGUGGCCGUAGUGGAUCCGUUGUCAAGAAGCACGCAAAAGCUCUCAGCUAUUCUUCAAUUGUUACGCAAAAGUAUCAACUGUGAUAUGAAGAUUGUGAUGAACCCUAAAGCCAAGCUUAGUGAACUACCAUUGAAGAGGUUCUAUCGUUUUGUUGCAAGCCCUGAGCUACAAUUCGACAAAAAUGGUCGUAUUAUCGAGAAUCAAGCGAGGUUCAACGAUCUCCCACCGAAGCAACUACUAACCCUCUCGGUUUACUCACCCGAUGCUUGGAUGGUUGAAAACGUUUUUGCCGAAUAUGAUCUUGACAACAUUAAAAUGGAGCAAGCCUCCUCUCACAUCAUUGCUCGUUUCUCACUUGAGUAUAUACUUCUCGAGGGGCAUUGUUUCGAUGAAGUCUCGGGAUCACCUCCUCGUGGUUUACAAUUCGUUCUUGGCACUUCUCGUGAGCCUACUCAGUUCGAUACAAUUGUUAUGGCAAAUCUGGGAUAUUUCCAGUUGAAGGCAAAUCCUGGAGCAUGGCUGCUGCAAAUUCGUGAAGGCAAAUCAAGCGAGUUCUACAACAUUUCCGCCCACAGCAAUACGGAAGGCAACGAGGGCAAUGGAGUCCGGGUUGUUAUAGAUUCGUUUUCUGGUCGCACCGUUCGCAUUUAUGUCACAAAGAAAAAAGGAAUGGAACAGCGUAGUUUCCUGUCUGAUGAAAAUGAGAACGGUGGCGGUAUAUGGGACUCAAUAAGCAAGAGUUUCACAAAAGAGAAGUAUGAUGUCAUCAAUGUCUUCUCGUUGGCAUCCGGACAGUUGUAUGAAAGGUUCCUGAACAUCAUGAUGGUUUCUGUGGUCAAAAAGACGGAGAAACCGGUCAAGUUCUGGCUCUUGAAAAACUAUCUUUCGCCUCAAUUCAAGGAGUCCCUCCCAUUGCUAUCGCGUGAGUAUGGCUUUGAUUAUGCACUUGUUGAAUACAAAUGGCCAAGGUGGUUGCACCAACAAAAGGAGAAGCACAGGGUUAUGUGGGGGUACAAGAUUCUUUUCCUCGAUGUGUUGUUUCCUCUGGAUGUACAAAAAAUCAUUUUCGUGGAUGCCGAUCAGGUUGUCCGUGCUGACCUUAUGGAAUUAAUGGAAUUCGACCUCGGCGGUGCGCCAUACGGGUAUGUUCCUUUCUGUGAUAGUCGUAAGGAGAUGGACGGCUUCCGCUUCUGGAAACAAGGAUACUGGUCAAACCAUUUAGCCGGCAGGCGAUAUCACAUUAGUGCACUUUAUGUGGUCGACUUACAAAAAUUCCGACAAGUUGCUGCCGGAGAUCGACUUCGUGGUCAAUACCAGGGUCUCAGCAACGACCCUAAUAGCUUGUCUAACCUUGAUCAAGAUUUGCCCAAUAAUAUGAUACAUCAAGUUAAAAUCAAGUCUCUACCACAAGAAUGGUUAUGGUGUGAAACGUGGUGUGAUGAUGCUAGCAAGCAGAAUGCGAAGACAAUUGAUCUCUGCAACAAUCCUCUGACCAAGGAGCCCAAAUUGGAUUCCGCCAUUCGCAUCAUUCCGGAGUGGAGAGAUUACGAUGCUGAGAUCAGGGGUGUAUUGAAAAAUGACCGAAAGCACCAGAAGGAAGCAUCAGAAGGCCACGAGCACUCAGAGCUGUGA